GGCGGGUGGCGGGGCAGCCAGCCUCGCCGUCCGUUUCGCGCCGCCGGCCCACGCCGCAGUGUGUGUUGUGGACGGCACCUUCUCAGACAGCCCAGUAGAGCCCAGCUCGGCGCCCGGCAGCCUUCGACGCGAUGUUCCGCCGGAGCUUUAACCGUUUUUGUGCUGGAGAAGAGAAACGAGUUGGUACACGCACAGUAUUUGUUGGCAAUCAUCCAGUUUCAGAAACAGAAGCAUACAUUGCACAAAAAUUUUGUGAUAAUAGAAUAGUCUCAUCUAAGUAUACACUUUGGAAUUUCCUCCCAAAGAAUCUGUUUGAACAGUUUAGAAGAAUUGCAAAUUUUUAUUUUCUCAUCAUUUUCCUUGUACAGGUCACAGUAGACACACCAACUAGCCCAGUUACCAGUGGACUUCCACUUUUCUUUGUUAUAACUGUUACAGCCAUCAAACAGGGAUAUGAGGAUUGGCUGAGGCACAGAGCUGACAAUGAAGUCAACAAGAGCACUGUUUACAUUAUUGAAAAUGCAAAGCGAGUGAGAAAAGAGAGUGAAAAAAUCAAGGUCGGUGAUGUAGUAGAAGUACAGGCAGAUGAAACCUUUCCCUGUGAUCUUAUUCUUCUAUCAUCCUGCACAAUUGAUGGAACCUGUUAUGUUACUACUGCAAGUCUUGAUGGGGAAUCCAAUUGCAAGACACAUUAUGCGGUACGUGACACCAUUGAACUGUGUACAGCCGAAUCCAUUGAUACCCUCAGAGCAGCAAUUGAAUGUGAACAGCCUCAACCUGACCUCUACAAGUUUGUUGGCCGAAUCAGUAUCUAUAGUAAUAGUCUUGAAGCUGUUGCCAGGUCUUUGGGACCUGAAAAUCUCUUGUUGAAAGGAGCUACACUAAAAAAUACCAAGAAGAUAUAUGGAGUUGCUGUUUACACUGGAAUGGAAACCAAAAUGGCAUUGAACUACCAAGGGAAAUCUCAGAAACGUUCUGCUGUUGAAAAAUCCAUUAAUGCCUUCCUGAUUGUGUAUUUAUUUAUCUUACUGACCAAAGCUGCAGUAUGCACUACUCUAAAGUAUGUUUGGCAAAGUACCCCAUAUAACGAUGAACCUUGGUAUAACCAAAAGACCCAGAAAGAGCGGGAGACUUUGAAGGUUUUGAAAAUGUUUACCGACUUCCUGUCAUUUAUGGUUCUGUUCAACUUUAUCAUUCCUGUCUCCAUGUAUGUCACAGUAGAAAUGCAAAAAUUCUUGGGCUCCUUCUUCAUUUCAUGGGAUAAGGACUUUUAUGAUGAAGAAAUCAAUGAAGGAGCCCUGGUUAACACAUCAGACCUUAAUGAAGAACUUGGUCAGGUGGAUUAUGUAUUUACUGAUAAGACUGGAACACUCACUGAAAAUAGCAUGGAAUUCAUUGAAUGCUGCAUAGAUGGGCAUAAGUAUAAAGGUGUAACUCAGGAGGCUGAUGGACUCUCUCAAACUGAUGGACCCUUACCGUAUUUUGACAAAGCAGAUAAGAAUCGAGAAGAGCUCUUUCUGCGUGCCUUGUGUUUAUGUCAUACUGUAGAAAUUAAAACAAAUGAUGCUGUUGAUGGAGUUACAGAAUCAGCUGAAUUAACCUAUAUGUCCUCUUCACCAGAUGAAAUAGCUUUGGUCAAAGGAGCUAAAAGGUAUGGGUUCACGUUUGUAGGAAUGCGGAAUGGUCAUAUGAGAGUAGAGAACCAAAGAAAAGAAAUAGAAGAGUAUGAACUUCUUCACACUUUAAACUUCGAUUCUGUCCGCCGUCGUAUGAGUGUGGUUGUGAAAACUCAAUCAGGAGACAUACUUCUCUUUUGUAAAGGAGCCGACUCAGCAGUUUUCCCCAGGGUGCAAAAUCAUGAAAUUGAGUUAACUAAAGUCCAUGUGGAACGUAACGCAAUGGAUGGGUAUCGUACACUUUGUGUAGCCUUCAAAGAAAUUGCUCCAGAUGAUUAUGAAAGAAUUAACAGACAGCUCGUAGAGGCAAAAAUGGCCUUACAAGACAGAGAAGAAAAAAUGGAAAAGGUUUUUGAUGAGAUUGAGACAAACAUGAAUUUAAUUGGAGCCACUGCAGUGGAAGACAAGCUACAAGAUCAAGCCGCUGAGACCAUUGAAGCCCUGCACGCAGCAGGUCUGAAAGUCUGGGUGCUUACUGGGGACAAGAUGGAGACAGCCAAAUCUACCUGCUAUGCCUGCCGCCUUUUUCAAACCAGCACCGAGCUCUUGGAGCUGACCACCAAAACCAUCCAAGAAAGCGAACGGAAAGAAGAUCGAUUACAUGAGUUGUUGAUUGAAUAUCGUAAAAAGUUGCUGCAUGAAUUUCCUAAAAGUACUAGAAGCCUUAAAAAAGCAUGGACAGAACAUCAGGAAUAUGGAUUAAUCAUUGAUGGCUCCACGUUGUCUCUCAUAUUAAAUUCUAGUCAAGACUCUGGUUCUAACAAUUACAAAAGCAUUUUCCUACAAAUUUGUAUGAAGUGCACUGCAGUGCUCUGCUGUCGGAUGGCACCGUUACAGAAAGCCCAGAUUGUGAGAAUGGUGAAGAAUUUAAAAGGCAGCCCAAUAACACUGUCGAUAGGUGAUGGUGCCAAUGAUGUUAGUAUGAUCUUGGAAUCCCAUGUGGGCAUAGGUAUCAAAGGCAAAGAAGGUCGCCAAGCAGCCAGAAAUAGUGAUUAUUCUGUCCCAAAGUUUAAACAUUUAAAGAAACUGCUGUUGGCUCACGGACACCUAUAUUAUGUGAGAAUAGCACACCUUGUACAGUAUUUCUUCUAUAAGAACCUUUGUUUCAUUUUGCCACAAUUUUUGUACCAGUUCUUCUGUGGAUUCUCACAACAGCCACUGUAUGAUGCCGCUUACCUUACAAUGUACAAUAUCUGCUUCACAUCCUUGCCCAUCCUGGCCUACAGUCUACUGGAACAGCACAUCAACAUUGACACUCUGACCUCAGAUCCCCGAUUAUAUAUGAAAAUUUCUGGAAAUGCCAUGCUACAGUUGGGCCCCUUCUUAUAUUGGACAUUUCUGGCUGCAUUUGAAGGAACAGUGUUCUUCUUUGGGACUUAUUUUCUUUUUCAGACUUCAUCCUUAGAAGAAAAUGCAAAGGUAUAUGGAAACUGGACUUUUGGAACCAUUGUUUUUACAGUCUUAGUAUUCACCGUAACUCUGAAGCUCGCCUUGGAUACUCGUUUCUGGACAUGGAUAAACCACUUUGUGAUUUGGGGUUCUUUAGCGUUUUAUGUAUUUUUCUCAUUCUUCUGGGGAGGAAUUAUAUGGCCUUUUCUCAAACAACAGAGAAUGUAUUUUGUAUUUGCUCAAAUGCUGUCUUCUGUAUCCACAUGGUUGGCCAUAGUUCUUCUAAUAUUUAUCAGCCUUUUCCCUGAGAUUCUCCUGAUAGUAUUAAAGAAUGUAAGAAGAAGAAGUGCCAGGAGAAAUCUGAGCUGUAAAAAGGCAUCUGACUCAUUAUCCACCAGACCUUCAGUCAGACCUCUUCUUUUACGAACAUUCUCAGACGAAUCUAAUAUAUUGUAACAGAAUCCGAAUCUUGAACUGCCUAUGUUAUUGUCCUACAAGCAUAUUGACAGUGGUUACAGCUAAAAGAAAGCAUGAAGAAGCAACUACAAAAAGUUAUCAUCUCAGGAUACUUGAUAUGCAACAAACUAAACCACUAUCUUAUGUCUAAGGUUCAGAGUAAAUGUCCACUAAGAUACCAAAUGACUCUUUUAAGCAUUUACAGUUAUUGUAAGUAGCCGUUAUGGCCAAAGCUCUAAGUUAUGAAUUAUAUGAAGGUUGAAAGCAAGAAUAUUUAGAAUUUCUGGCUUUAGAUAGAAUAAAAUAACUACCAAAUGGGUGCUCUUUUAACCCAUGAACUCUGAAUGGAUUUAAAUACAAUAGUAUAAAGUAGAAGUCAUGCAAUGGGAAUGAAUAGAUUUUGCUAAUAUUACUUUUUUUGCCUGGCAGAAGAAAUAGGCAAUUUAGAUCACAUUUCUUGUUCCUGCUGAAUGAUAAUGUUAAAUUAUUUUUUUCAACAUGUGAAAGGAAUACUUGAAAAUAUAAGAGGACUAAAUCAGUGCAUCAGAUAGUAGUUAAUCCUUUCUGUUCACCCACAUGCUAAUUUUGUCUUGAUAGAAUAUCCUUGCCAAAAAAUAACUUGAAAGGUGGAAAGAAUGUUAACCCUGGGUAUUUUUGCAAAAAUCAAAAGAAAUUAUUUAUUUUUGUUCUUCUGGAUUACACUUAAUGAGUGUAAGGCUACUGGAUUUGAAAAGAAAGCAUUUCCAAUCAGGAGCUCCUCAAAAUAGUUAAGAUAUAAUAGAUUUUUCCAAUAUUAGUUUUACUGGGAUCUGAGGCAAGAUGGGCAGAACCACAGUUACAUAAAAAUAAAGGCCAUUCUGAACAUCAGUCUUUUAUCAUUUUUCUGUGGAGAGGAAGGAAGAAUAGCUUAAUUUCAAACUGUUAAUGGUUUUUAUUUGAAAGAGGUUGCAUCUGUGCAUAUAUGCAGCACUUUUUUUUUUUUUAACUUGCCGAUUUGGGAGGAGGAAGGGUCCCUGGCACAACUCUGAACAUGAAUGUUGUCUCUCUCAGCAAACUUGGCUAGAGUAAUGGUCUAACUCUAAACCACGAGAUUCACCUUGGUAAAGUCCUUGACUUACUGGACUAGAGGGAGGUUUUAACCUCCUAAGGAGUUCACCUAAAACAUAUAAAUGUGGUGUGUCUUUAUUAAAUGUUAAAAUUAAACACACGCUUUUUUUGGGUAUAAGUGACUACAUUUGACUACUAGAUUGAAAUGGUCUUUUAAAAGGUAUCUUCUUACCAGUUUCCAUUCUUGGUUGUCUUCCUGGCAUGCCUGUACUAUUAGUGUUUCUAUUGUACCUUGAUUUGGAGAAGUAAGUAUUAGAUUCAAUCUAUACCAGUGUAUUUAUAAAGUCCAUAUGGCACAUUUGAUUCUUCCAUUUAUAUUUUGUGUUAAUGUUUAGGUGUAAUUUUUCUUAAAUUUUAGAAAGGACAUAAUUUCAGUUGUCAGAAACCAUUCCAUCAUUACUGACCCUUUUUCAUUAUUUCAUUUGUUCUCAUAUAUCAGUAUUAUUUUUGAGUAUUUUGUUAGGUGGCGUCACACCUUCCUAAGUGUGCUGUGUUCCAGUAGCCUAGUAUUUGGGGCAGUCUGCUGAAAACCAAGUCAAUAUAUUCUUUACCUAUUCCAAAGAGCUAAAAAAUCAGACCCAGGAAAGUUUUCGAUGUUUUGUUGUUGUUCUUGUUUUUAUAGUUGUUGCUGUAUUGUUAUUGUUGUUUUACAUAAGAAUUAUAAGGACUGUGAAUACAAAGAGCCGACCUUAAUUAGAGAGGCUUGUUUAAUGCAGACCAUGGAGAUUUGACAUGAUCAGAAUAUCUAGGGUAGUGGAAAUAUAACUGGUGGCAUGUGAAAUUCCUUGCAUCCUGGAAGAAAGACAAGGGGGAUUUAGAGUUGUGUCUAAUAAGCUACACAUUACACUGCAGCUCAGAUUCAUGAUGGCAGUGAUGUGUAAUAUCAUGGCCUAGAUCCUUGGGAGAGGGACCUGACUUUAUUUUUUGAAAGAUAUUUUAUUAGUGAGCAAAACAAUUGGUUAGCGUGGGGUUAGCAGAUGGAAUAACUUGAAGUAAGCCAUCCAGUAUUCCUAUCACUACAAUCUAACCACCUUAUUUUGUGUCAGAGAAGGGGGUAAAAUGUAAUAAUAGGAUCAUAUACCCAUUAUUUGAAUAAUUUCGAACUACAAAACGUCCUUGUAGUUUUCACAGCUGUCCUCCACUGUUUGAGGAUGUUACCUACGAAACUGAAAACAUAAAUUCCAUAUCUACCACAUUUACACCAGCAACAGUAUAAAAUACAAGCCUAAAUUUGCAAAAUCCAUAAUAAUUUAGUGAUGGAAUUUUUUUAAUAACAUGCAGUAUAUAAAUGUAGAUUUUAUGCAAGUGUUGACAAAAUCAUUUUUCAGCUUGCAAAAUGGGACUGCAAUAUUACAUUUUUCACUUCAGCAAUUUUUUACAUCGUUUUUGCUUUCUAUAAUGAAUGUGAAUGCCAUCUUUUAUGAAUGCAACUUGCCUUUUUCAUUACAGAAAUUUUGUUUGAUGUAAUCAAUAAACUUUGGUAUGA